CAACCAAAGAGGCAAGCCGCAAAAGUUACGUAUCACUAUAGCCACCAAAGAGUAUGUGAUCAACUGAUCCAUGAUAACAGAUCAGCAAUCCAACAAGACCAACAACACAGUUUCUGUUUUGUUUUUGUUAUUGGUGAUUAGUCUGUGGUUUUAGGUUUUUUGGGUGAAAUUCGCGUAGACUGCCCAGAGUCCGCGAAUCUCUUUCGACCUCCCGUCGGCCGUCUAUGAAUCAUCAUCGCUAUUUUGAACUGAUAUUAUUCAGGGAAAAUGUCUCAAACACUAACGUUCGGUGACUCAUGCGCCCCGAUAACUUGUCAUGCGUGGAACAAGGAGCGAAAUCAAAUUGCCUUCUCUCCCAACAACAAUGAAGUCCACAUCUACCAAAAGGAAGGGAGCGAGUGGAAGCAAACCAACAACCUAGUUGAACAUGACAUGAGAGUUAUGGGCAUCAACUGGGCUCCCAACACUAACCGAAUAGUCACCUGUUCUGUGGACCGCAAUGCAUAUGUUUGGACUCAAGGGGAAGAUGGCAAAUGGACCACUACUCUUGUACUGUUACGUAUAAACCGAGCUGCCACUUGUGUAAAAUGGUCCCCCAUGGAGAAUAAGUUUGCGGUGGGUUCAGGCGCUAGAUUAAUCUCCAUCUGUUACUUUGAGAAAGAAAACAACUGGUGGGUGUCCAAGCAUAUUAAGAAACCGAUUCGUUCAACUGUGACCACUCUGGAUUGGCAUCCUAAUAAUAUUUUACUUGUUGCUGGGUCUACUGAUUUUAAAGUGAGAGUUUUCUCAGCGUAUAUCAAAGAUAUUGAAGAUCAGCCUGGGCCAAAUGUAUGGGGUUCGAAGUUACCUUUGGGUCAAUUGUUAGCAGAGUUUCGUUCGACAGGCAGUGGUUGGGUGCACAGUGUAUCUUUUUCUGCGGAUGGGAAUAAAGUCGCUUGGGUAGGCCACGAUAGCUCAAUCAAUGUAGCCGAUGCAACACAGGGAAAAGGAGUGAUUAAACUUAAGACUGAGUAUCUGCCAUUUUUGGGCUGCAUUUGGAUUUCCAACAGUAACCUGAUAGUGGCGGGACAUAGCUGCAUUCCAUUACUUUACUGCCAUGAGGGUGAUGAAAUUAAAUUUGUUGCCAAACUAGAUAAUACACAGAGGAAAGAGUCUGGGGGAUUAUCCGCUAUGAAGAAGUUCCAGUCUCUGGAUCGUCACGCUAGAAUCGAAACCAGCGAUACCUACUUGGACUCUAUACACCAGAAUGCUAUAACAUGCAUUAAUUUGUAUAAAGGGACAAAAGCGGAUGCCGUCAAGCUUAGCACCUCGGGCCUGGAUGGCCAACUAGUCAUAUGGGACAUCGCAACACUCGAAAAGGCUUUCGAGGACCGCGUUAUGAUAUAAAUUAUAAGCGUUCACUAAAUGUAUUAUUUUAUUUAUAA